UCAGUGCUCCUCCUUGCAGAUGGACAAGAGCAGUGUAGGGUAUACUACCUCACCCAACCUCCCAGCCAGCUAACCUGCAACCCCUACCUGGACACCACUCGAUUCAGCCUCAGAAUAGAGUGCAUGGCAGCUGUUCACCGAAGCAUAGGAGGAAGUCCAUCAGACUUUGAGAUCCGCUGGUUUGCUCAGCUAGUGGGUAAACCGAUACCUGAUGACCCC